AUGUUUCAAAGUCUUGAGACUUGCCUGGAGAAAUAUGUACCACCGGAAGAACUCGGCCAUGUCAAAAGGAUUCUGUACGGAAAACAAUUGGAGUAAGUUUAAAUUAAACGCUGUAAAACGUAUAUAAAAAAAAAAAAUAGUAUAUUCUUCGGUAAGUACUUAUUUAUGUAAACAAUAUUGUAUAAUAUUACCCAAUCAUUGAUUUUAAAACAUACUAACAAAAAUAUUAUAAAACAAUGGGCGAUGAUAACAUUUUAUACUAUAUAUAUAUAUAUAAUGGCUAUCUCGUCUUGCAGAAUCCUAAAUUAAUACAUCCCCGAUGUUUAUCACGACCAUGCGAUUUAUAAACAUUAUAUUAUAUUUAACCAUAAGAUACCAUAAGUACUCAAUUGAUACUUGAGUUAUAAAUUGUUGUGUUUAUAGAUUGUUCGAUUAUUUACAUUUGAACAACUAGAAUCCAUCUACUAUUGACUACUGAAACACAAGUACAUAGGUACAAUAUUUUAAUGACUGAGUGGUAUCACUUCGGUUACUGAAUUUUAAAUUUUAAUACCCAACGGUAAUAAAAAAACAAUCGUGCCAAUUAGGUAAUUUUCGAUAUUUUUAUACUCCCAUAAGAAAAAAAAAUUUGAAAAUGUCCAUUGCCUAUCAGUAAAUAGUAAGUAAGUACAUUAGACGAAACACGUUGAAAAUUAUAUCGUAUAAAUAAAUAACUCCAAAAGGAGUUUUAUUUUUUAAUAUUUAUUACCAUGUCUAGAAAAUGUUAACGGCGUCUGUUAGAAUUUUCCGAAUACAUAUAUAUAUAGGUAUGUAUAUUCGUCUUUUUCUAUGAGAAUACUCAAGUACCUACCAACUCUACUUGGUCAUUUUUUUUUUUUUAGUUCCAACAAAACCAAACCUAUAAUUAAAAAGAGUAGGCACUUUAUUGGUACCUACGUACAACUUAUUAUACGAGUUUUGGAAAUUUUCAACUACAAGUUGUAAAUUAAGCACAUCAAUAUUUUUAUUAGAAAAUACUGACGUUGACGAAUAACCGUCGCAAGAAAAAAAAUCUUUUUCAGAAUCGUUCGCGUCAUUAUUGCGUCUAAUGCAUUUCUCGUUCCGAGUAAAGAAGGUCCUAAAUUUUAUGACUGAAAUUUUAAAUGUGAUUUCAUAUCGAUAUGACGGACAACUAAUAUUGAUGAGGUUGUUGGGUAAUCACAAUUGAGCGGUGCGGCAGUGGUGUACCGGUAUAUCUUCUCGGCUCAGACCUAUUGCGAUGACUUUAGGUUGGUUACCUAUGUAGCCGCUUGAAAACGGUUUGCUCACGAAUGUAAAAACACAUUUAAAAAGAGCCUAAUACCGCUAAUAGGUGUGACGUUGUUGUAGGUGGAAAUAUGAGAAUGUAGGAUAAAGAUUGUUAUUUAAUUUACACAUAAAUCACUGCUAAGUAACGAACUAUAAUUCUGAGCGAAGUCGUGGGUACGGUUUAUUAUGUUUUUAAAAUACCACGAUUUUUACGAUUUUUAUCAAAAUGCCACUACAUAACGAAAAUUGAAAAUGUUUUCAUCGAUUAUUUUUAACCGAUUUGUAACAAAAUCGAAAAUAAUGAAUCUGUUAUUUUCGUAAACUUUACCGUUUUUCCCCAAUUAUUAAAAAAACCAAAGUUAAACAAAAAACGACCAAUUUAAUACAAUAAUACACAAACUAUAAUAAUCAAUAGAUAUAGACUAAAUUUUAAUCAAAAUUUAAUCUUAAAAACGGCUAUAGAAAAAAAACUUAAAUUUUCUUUUUAACUCUAUAUGAUUUUUAGUAAAAUCUCUUAGAUUUCUUUCUAUUCACUUGAUCUCAUUAACUUAUCACACUUUUUCAGAACACAUAUUUCUCAUCAAAUUUGUCUCAGUCAUCUCUCAUAAAUUUUGAAAUAAUGAAAAGUGAAGGAAAUUGACAGUAAAAAUGAGAAAGAAAAGGAAAGAGGAGAAGUGACGAAAUUAGAGAAGAGGUGGUAGGGAAAGGAGUGGAUACUUUUUGAAUUGAACCUGGUUUGAUUUGAUUAGUUAAAACUAACAUAUAGAAUUAAAUAUUUACACAAAUCUAAGUCUAAAUUUAUAUUUCUCAUCAAUCUCUAUUGUCAAUUUAUAGAUAUGAAUUAUUAUUUUAUAAAACGAUACAAUUUAAAUGAUUUUAAUAGUAGAUAAUAUAUUGUAUUAUUAUUCUUACCAGGGAACUUCAAUUACCAGAGUUGUGUACAAAUAACAAAGAAAAUGUUGAAGUCAAAGGUUAUAAAUUUGAUUCCUUAGUUGAAGAGCUACGAGAAAAACGGUAUUAUUUUACUUUUCUCACGUCAUAAAAUGAGCUUACUUAAUAGGUUGUUAUAAAACGAAAAAAACAAAAUAAUAACAUUUUAUACUUAAAGAUCCUGCUUACUUUUUAUAAAUAUUAGUGAAGUAAAUGAUAAUAAUUAUUUAUCAUAUUAGAAUAGUGAGAGUUGGAUUAAUUCAAAACCAAAUUGUUCUUCCAACAACUGCUCCAUUAGUUGAACAAAGGAAUGCAAUUUAUAAAAAAGUUGGACAGAUAAUUUCACUUGCAGCCAAGGCUAAUGUUAACAUUAUUUGUCUUCAAGAAGCCUGGUGUAAGAUCUGAUUGGAACAAAUAUUUAAAAUGCAUUUACCUUAAUCUUAAAUAAAUUAUUCUAGCUAUGCCAUUUGCAUUUUGUACAAGAGAAAAAUUUCCCUGGUGUCAGUUUGCUGAAUCGGUUGAAAACGGACCAUCGACUACAUUUUUAAAAGAAGUUGGUACAAAUUAGUGUUGAGCAAUACUUUGAUCAAUCUAAAAUCUGGAUUUAGUCCGUUUAAUCCGGAUUGGUACUAUCAAUCAGGAUUAAACAGAUUGUAAUUUUUUUUCAAUCCUGAUUUGGUACUCAGCUUUAGUACAAAUCAUGAGAUAUUAUUAUUUUUUUUUUAAUAAUAAUUAUUAAAUCUGAUUUUCAACAGUUUUGCAAACAACAUAACAUGGUCAUUAUAUCGCCAAUUUUAGAACGCGAUGAACGCGACAUCAUAUGGAAUACAGCCGUAGUCAUUGAUAAUUUGGGCAAUGUAAUCGGUAAACAUAGAAAAAAUCAUAUACCUAGAGUUGGUGAUUUUAAUGAGUCUACUUACUACAUGGAAGGAAAUACCGGACAUCCUGUUUUUGAGGUGAUAAAUAAAAUAUUUUGUAUACUCCCAUACUAGGUGUUCCAUUUAAGUGGGUACACUCAUUAUCUUUGAAAGUAUUAACUUUUUUCAGAAUUUUUUUUCUAGAACAAUGAAGAAACAAGUAUCUACAAUUGUAUAUUUAUGUUAUUUUUCGUCGCCCUUUUAUUUGAGAAUGAAACCUCUACUUACUUUUGAUUUUCAAAUGCCAACCUAUAAUAAAAAUGUAUUUUAACUAAUAUUCCAUCUAAUUAUGGAAUUUUUUAAUAUAGGUUGUCAUUUGAAAAUCAAAAGUAGGUAGCGGUUUAUCUGCAAAAAUAACAUAAACCUAAAAUUGUAGAGCAGCUUGUUUCCUUAAUGUUCUAGAAAACAAAUUCUGGAAAAAGUUGAUACUUUCUGAAAUAAUGAGUGAACCCACUUAAAUUGUUUACCUGGUAUAUCUAUUAUAAUAGUUGAUUAAAUUAGACAGCAUUUGGUCGAAUCGCAAUUAAUAUUUGUUAUGGAAGACAUCAUCCUCUGAAUUGGUUGAUGUUCGGAUUAAAUGGAGCUGAAAUUGUUUUCAACCCUUCAGCUACAAUAGAUGGUUUAAGGUAAAUAUAAUAAAUAAACCAGAUUUAGAAUUAAAUUACCAAUUUGUUUAUUUUAUGUGAGCAGUGAAACAUUAUGGGGAAUAGAAUCCAGAACAGCUGCAGUUGCUAAUAGUUAUUUUUCAUGUGCAAUUAAUAGAGUAGGUACAGAAAUUUUCCCAGCAGAAUUUACCAGUGGUGAUGGGAAACCAGCACACAAAGAAUUUGGCCAUUUUUAUGGUUCCAGUUAUAUUACUGCGCCUGAUGGUUCAAGAACUCCUGUAAGUACCUAAUUAACAAUUUUUUUAUAACAUACAUCAAUUUAUUUAAAAUAUUAAUUUAGAAUUUAACGUUUAAAUAAUGGUUUAAGAAAUAUAUUUUAUGUGAAUUAUAGGGUCUCUCUAGAACUCAAAGUGGAUUACUAAUUUCAGAAAUGGAUUUAAAUCUUUGUAGACAAAUAAAGGACCAUUGGGGUUUCCAAGUAAUUUAUUUGAUUUGAAAUAUGCCUUUUGAAUAUCCAAUUUUAUUUGUAUUUUUUCAGAUGACUCAAAGAUUGGAUUUAUAUGCGAAAUCACUGGACACAAUUGUAAAUUCUACUAAAUAA